UGGAAGCAAAAGGGAGCUCUCUCUCCUCUCCUCUCUCUCAUCUCCUCUGCACUGAGCUGAGCUGAGCUGAGCUGAGGAGGAUCCAUGUGAAGUGGGAGGCGCCCGAGCAGAGCCGAGCUGAGCCGAGCUGAGCUGAGCUGCUGCACGACUGCUGCCGGUCGAAUCCAACAAUUAACCUUGAUGAGCACAGAUUGUUUGCACUUAACAGUUGCAGGUGCGUGCAGAGCUGUUUCCACGGUUUUAUAUGGCUGACGCAUUUUUAUGCCAAACACAAAAACUACACGGAUAUUUUUUCUCUCUCUCGGGACAGGAUUGUGCAAUGGGAGGGUCUGAUGUUCAUCCUCUUGAAUUCAGGAGCUGAAUUGAUUUGAUUUGGAGACCCUUUAUAUGGGGAUUUGACCGCCUGCAUCUCUACAAGAAGAGGGAGGGAGGAAAAAAACGGUCCCCUGCUUCAUUACCACCACUCUCCAAUCUGUGCACCCUGGAGGACGGCUGGCUUGACAUGAUGAGGAGCACAUCAUCCCGGCUGUGAAGAGGCUCAAGCAGCAGCAGCAGCAGCAGCAGAAGGGUGCAGGUUGCAGGUGCAGUUUCUUCAGCUCUUCAAGGACGCAACAUCACACCAAACCAAAAAGUGGCCGCCGAGCUGAGCUGAGCUGCGGAGGAGGAGCAUGGAGCGGGACGACACCGACACCGUGUCCAAAAAGACAAUAAUGGACAAGAUAUUUAAAGUUCGCAAGAGGAGGGAGAUGCUUUUCGUGCAGGUGUGCUUCAUCUGCAGUGCCCUGUUCGUGGCGUGGAGCAUGUCGGCGCUGCUGACCAAGACAGGCCAUGGGAUGAUCGUGGAGGGACAUCCGGACAUCGACCACUGGGGGAGACGGCUAAUGGCGUCAGAACCGGACAACGAAACGGAGCAGAAGAACUGUUCAGCGCCAGCAAUACACGAGUUCCCCCAUGACUUUUUCACCCCCAGUGAACGUAGGAGCGGCGCCGUUCUGCUCCACAUUACGGCGGCGCUCUACAUGUUUCUGGCCCUCGCCAUAACGUGCGACGAAUACUUUGUGACAGCGCUGGAGAAGAUCUGUGAGAAACUAGAUCUGAGUGAAGAUGUUGCAGGAGCCACCUUCAUGGCAGCUGGCAGCUCUGCACCAGAGCUUUUUGCAUCCGUCAUUGGUGUCUUCAUCACACACGGAGAUGUGGGGGUGGGCACCAUCGUUGGCUCAGCGGUCUUCAACAUCCUUUGCAUCAUUGGUGUCUGCGGGAUCUUCGCUGGACAGGUGGUGAUGUUGACCUGGUGGGCCGUUUUCAGGGAUUCCUUCUACUACAUCCUGUCUGUUUUGGCUUUAAUUGCAUUCAUCUACGACGGGAAGAUUGUUUGGUGGGAGAGUUUGAUACUGGUGCUCAUGUAUGCUGGAUACAUCCUCGUCAUGAAAUUCAACUCCAGCAUGCAGAGAUUUUUCAUGGGGUCCAAGUCGAAGAAGAAGAACGUGGCCAACGGUAACGCUGCGGCCAGCAGUGAGAUGGAGGACGUCAAGCCCUCCAAGGCUUACCACCGUGGAUCGGUGGUGAUGGUGGACGAGAUCAUGAACGCCAGCCCGUCAAAGUUCAGGUUUCCAGAAGCCGGCCUCCGUGUCAUGGUCACCAGCCAUUUUGGACCCAAGACCCGUCUGCGCAUGGCCAGUCGCCUCAUCAUAACAGAGAAGUUGGUCCAAGCUGCUAACGGAGUGGAGACACAAGUGAUUGACGGGAAGGUUGAAAUCGAGAAUGGAAACGUGCCGGAGGACAAACCCGCCGAGACGCAGGAGAACAUAACCAUCUCGCCGUUUCAUAUUCCAAGGGGUAUCGGCAGCAAGUUUAAGUGGCUGAUCUCGUGGCCGCUGCUCCUGUUGCUCUUCCUAACCGUCCCGAACUGUGCUAAACCUCGCUGGGAGAAAUUCUUCAUGGUCUCCUUCAUCCUCUCCACCGUCUGGAUCGCCAUCUUCUCCUACUUUAUGGUCUGGAUGGUGACUAUAAUCGGGUACACUCUGGGGAUCCCUGAUGUCAUCAUGGGCAUCACUUUCCUGGCAGCAGGCACCAGCGUCCCAGACUGCAUAGCCAGUCUCAUUGUGGCUCGGCAAGGUUUGGGAGACAUGGCGGUGUCCAACACUAUCGGCAGUAAUGUGUUUGAUAUUCUCGUGGGACUCGGGGUUCCCUGGGCGAUACAGACCAUGUGUGUCAGCUAUGGAUCGGUGGUGAUGAUUAACAGUCGGGGUCUGGUGUACUCGGUGGUGCUGCUGCUGGGCUCUGUGGCCCUCACGGUGUUGGGGAUCCACCUGAAUGGCUGGAGGCUGGACGUGAAGCUGGGCAUUUACGUCCUGGUGUUGUACGCCAUCUUCCUCUGCUUCUCUGUCAUGAUCGAGUACAACGUCUUCACAUUCGUCAACCUGCCCAUGUGCAUGGAUGAUUAGAGCACAGCAGCAUGCCUCGGAUACCAAAACCUCAACGCUCCCAUAGCAUACCCCCAAAUCUUUUUCUUUUCUUUCAAUAAUACUGGACCUAUCUGCAGACUUUUUUUCCCCCCUCUCUUGCGCUCUUUUCUUGUAAUCCCUUUUUGUCCCAAAUUAUGAAUCUCAUUUUCCUCGAGAGGCAGUACACGCUGUGAGAGUGGACUCCAUUCUAUGUCUCUAAUUUGUCCUCUUUGUCACACAGUGCCGGUCCUUAAUGCCCAUUAUUUCGGGCAUUGCCUGUUAUUGCAGUGAAGUCUUUAGUUCCUCUGUGCGCCUGUUACCUUUCUAACCCAUCUAGCAUGCCUUUUAGAUGUCGGGGACCUCCAGAAUCAUAAGUGCCCCUGUUGAUUGUCGGUGUGUGUUUUCACUGUUUCCACAUUGUAGAUUUCCACACACCAUUUCCAAAGCCUUUCCACAAACCAAACCAGAGUCUGUGAAGAAGAAAAAAAUUCCAACCAAAACCCCCACAUAGAGAUAACUCUCCUUCCUAAAAGAAUUACCCUAGCACCCAAAGAAAAAAACUCCUUCUCCCCUGUCGACCCCCGUGGAGGAGGGCUUUGUCCUCGGCAGCUCCCCUCCUCCAGCCUGGACCCGACUCCCCUGGCAUGGCCUUUGGCAUCAGGGAGCAGAUACUGUUAGCGCUUCUUCACCCUCCGCAACUCCUCCCAACCUUCAUCUGCUUGAUCAAAUCUGCUUUUUCUUUAACAAAAAAAAAAAAAAAAAGACGUUUUGUCAGGACACUUGUGUGUCGAGAUGUAUCACAGUCCAGGAUCAGACGACUGUGAGGGUGUUAUGCAUAUGCAGCACUGCACAAUGUAAACUUGUAAACACUUCUUUUUUUUUGUAUUUAUUUUUUCAAACCAAGGUUUUUUGUCUAGUAUGAAAUACGGAGGAGAGCUUGUUGCAAAUAUAGGACAUUGCCUGUUUUUCACUGAAACAAAAUUGCACAUGGAAAAUGCUUUUUUUUUGCUUUGUGCUGUAAGGAGAUUUGACCACUCAGAGGGGGAAUCUGGCAUGUGGUGGUGGUGGCGGUGACUCCACUCCAGCGUCAUUCAGCGAUGGUCAGUCCACUUUUCCCUCUGCACAACUUCAGAAAACAAAGCUCCAGAUCUGUGGGAUGCAGCAGCCGAUUUUUUGUCAUCAUCAGGUGACCUUUUGCAGAAUGGAGGUCGUUGUUUUAAAGAAAAUGCAAAAGAAACCAGACGGCUCUCAACACUUGACUGUCUGCUCUAACACCCUCUGGCCAGUAGGGGGUACCGCAGCCCCUCUACCCAGGGCGGGGGGGUGCCAACCACAGCCGGCGGUUAUCAGGGAAACUCGGAGAUGGACAACUCCAGCAGAUGGUGGUGGCGAUGGUCUCUUGAUUUUGAGUUACAUGUAGAUAUUGCACUUUAACAGCCGUCCUCUCAUUCUGAAUCAACUAGUGCUUCCUUCUGUGCGUUUGUAUUUUCAGUGUAUAUGUGACUGUGUGUGUGUGUGAGGGAGAAUAAGUGUGUGUGUGUGUGUGUGUGUGUGCGUGCGUGCGAGAGAGAAUAAGUGUGUGUGUGCGUGCUCAGUAUGGGCCCACGCUAUGUUUUCCCACGCCGGGCUCUCAACUCUCGGAACAUACUGGAACCUCGUUAAACAACCAUGAGCACACCCCGCCUCUGUCUGCAGUGCAUGCUGGGACAUUAAAAAACAAAACGCAGCUCCUCCACACACAGCACAGCAAAAACGGCUGAGGGGCUUCCGGGCGUCUCCAUGGAAACCCACUUUACAAAAAUCGGCAGCUACGAGCACUGCAAUCCAGACAUUUUGACAUCAUGCAAAAACGGCCCUGCGAGGAGUCCACUGAGUGGAGGUGCAGAGACUUUUAAAACAAAAGCGUGGUGGGGAAGUGUUUUGUGAGAAUAUUCCUGUUGUCCACGCCGUUGGCAGCAGGCUCUUGUAUAUGCAAUCUCAAUUUAAAGAAUUCUAUGUGACAGAAGGCCCCCCCCCCCCCCUGCGAGGUUUGCCAUAUUACGACGGGGGACCCCGUGGAGAUGUGACGUCGGUUUGUCUAGUAGUACUUGAUGUGUGAGCUCACAGGUGUGUGUGUGUGUGUGUUAGUGAGGAACUGAAAAAGGUGGACGUUUUCUGGAACAGUGAGGGCAAGUCCUCCACACACUCUUCUUUUUUCCGUCCCCUCUUGCACAAGGGCAUUAACUCUCCACCAACCCUGGCUGACGGAGCAGCAGGGGAUGGAUGAAUGGAUGGCUUUCCUCCACCGCCCUGGGGAUGUUUUUCAAAAAGGACAUGGAUGAGAGCAGACUUUUAAGGAUUUCAAAAAAAAAAAAAGAGAGAACAAGUUGGACCCCCUUAAGCUGCUACUCCAUCAGGGUUCAAACUGGAAGGAGGUGACCACACAGGGCCUCCACACACCCACUGACAUCCUUGUACACCUCCCCCUCAACCCUUUCAGUGGGUCUUCUGUACAUACAGGACCUAUUUUUGGAUGCUUUUUUUGUGGGGGAAAGCACGUCUGUACUGUACUUGAGUUGAUUCAGAAUGUGCAGUGUUCAUUUUUGUGUGUGUAUAUUUUUUGCUCUGUGUGGUCAUGUCCCGGGUUGCCAGGUUUGAGUGGUAACACACACACACAGCAGGGGGAAAAAAACUCCUCUUCUUCUUUUUGUCCUCAUCUUGACACACAGCGUACGUUCUCACCGGUUGUCUGACUCGCAUCUUUGUUACCACUUUUUUUGGAAGAGGAAGGAAAAAAAACAAAACAUCAGAUGCCAUACUUGUCAUAGCUCUGCAUAAAUUAACAGAUUGUAUGGAGAAUCCUGUGUACAAAAUAAAGCGCACAUUACUUUAGAUAAACACACACACGUUAGAAAUGGCAAGCGAACACACAAAGAGAGGACCGGUAUGUAUUUCUUGAUUGAAUGCGACCUGAUGCACUGUGAGCUCAAUGUGACGUGGGAGUUGUUUGUCAAGAAUAAUAAAUGAUUAAAAAAUAUAUUUAAUGUAAAGUUAGUUACUAUAAAAACAUUACUGAGGACAUCUGUAUAACUUAUAUGAAUGUAUUGUCUUGCUAUACUGGACAUAUCCAACCAAUGCAUUUUACUGUAAAGCAAUAAUGUGAAGAAAAAAAAAUAAAAUGGCAAAAAUAAUUCCUGUACA